AUGGCAGUUAAGGGAGACAACAAGGCUGGUGCCGUAAACGCACCGCGUCCUUCUCCCAAGCCGCCUGUCGCAUACUCGGACCACGUACACAGUAUCGCUCAUUCCAAGGAGAGAAACGACUGGAGAAACAGAAGACCACUGCUCACUACACACGGCACACGGACAGCUCCAAGAGAGGCCAAGGCUGAAUUGAGCCAGUUAUAUGAUGAAGCUGGCGACAGCAAGCAUGGUGGGGGCGUGUCUUUGGAGAUCCCGGGUCCCAAAGCUUCGGUUGCCGAUACUCUACCCCCGAAUUUUCACGCUACGGGGCCGAAAGUUGACGUCGCUAGCAAUACUUCAAACGCCACGAGAGCAGAUAAUAACGCUAGAUCUAUUAGCACCGGGCCCGCUAAAACUGCCUGUCAGGCCAGGCCUGCCACUCGGGAUAGUUCCGGGUAUGGGAGUUCGUCGAGCGGUGGAUGCGGUUUUCGCAACUCCAGGGCCUUUCCGCCUGCAACGGCUGAUCCUGAACGAGUGAUGACCAGUGACUCUAAACAUUUAAUGGAAGUAUCUCAGACAAUUAGUGGAGUUAUUGAGCCGAAGCCGCCUAUUUCGAGCUCGCUCAAAGAGUUCCUAAAAACCCCGUGCGCCGAGGGCUUUGGUUGUAACAUGGAGGAAGACGACUUAUUUCAGAGAUCAAGCGGUGGUGUCCGCCUCCUAGACAACUUCGCAAGGCAAUACGCAUCAGACCCAGAUGCUAUCCAGAGGAAAUACGGCCGUCUGUGUUUCCUCCUUCGAGCCGAUCCGGGGCGGGGCUUCCCCCGGCUUAGAUACAUUGUCGAAACGCACCGGUCUAUGUUCUGGCAGUUAGAUCCGGUUCGUUUGCGCGGGGUUGACUCUGGAAAGAUUAAGCCCGAGGCCAACCCGAGGGAUGAGACAACCGGCGCUCUUGUUCGGAAAACCUCCAGUGGAAUUUCUAUUCCGGAUCAAGAUUCCUUGGGGUGGGAAUCUAGGGAUGUUUCUCAGAACCUGCACCAUUCUCACAAUCAGGUCGUUCGUACCACGAGUGAAUACACUGUCUCUACCGGCAGAGCUCCUCCCCGUCCUGCAGAAGCUGCUCCCAAGGAGCACGAAGGAGGCUAUUCAUCGAAGAACCUACCGAGCCAUGGCGACCGCGUAUGCGCCACCCCAGGUGGCCGCAGGGGCGCCCACUCAGGAAACAGGUGUAAUGGCCAAUCCCAGGCCAUCCUAAUGGAUGUCGAUAGAAUGCCCCUUGGGAGGAAGGGUGGUCCUUUUAGUGACUACUCAGGGGCUACCACAGUGGUCUCUACAAGGACCUUGACGGGUAGAGAUAAAGCCGCGACUGUUGAAUCCUUAGAUUUAACCACUUCGAAGCACGAGGGGCUUCUUCCUGAAAAUAACGCCACCUUUUAUCCCAAUGCGAGACCCCCUGAGCGUGCGAACGAUGAAUCUUCUAAGGAGAGUGAAGAGGGGGGAAUUCAACUUGACCCCGUUGUCAAAAAACAGGUCGCACGGGAUGUCUAUACUUCUUGCGGGGCACCAGGUAUUGCUGCGGGGGCGGUAUUGCCCCCUUCCCCCAAAGACUCAGCGCCUUCCACUAGUUCUGGUCCGAGCUCCCUGCCCUCUUCGCCACCGAGCGGCUCUGCCCCUCCGUUGGAGGUGAGGCAUCAACCUACUGGACCGGGCGACGGAGGGUCUCUCACUGCUGGGAAAACUGGGGAUUGUAUUGAAUCAGCAGAAGGUGAGUUAAUCAAGAGCAGAUCCAGUGUUGCUAAGGAAUUCUCUACCGGAGAAAUUACUGACUAUGCUGGGAUGGCAGUACCUCAAAUAUCGGAAAAGCUCCUCGGGCCUCCCGGCGGCUCGCGGGGGUCUUGCUUCGCAUCUCGAGAUGAAGCCAAGAUGGCACUUGCCGUGAGUCUGCAGAAGCCUGGCCAGUUUGCAACUAAAGGAGAGCCUGAUCCUCAGCAAAGUGACCCGGAGAUCCAAGAAGUCCCUUCGUGGAUGAAUGAGUCUGAUUCCGGGAACGAGACUCCAAGUGUUUGGGAAUGGGAAUGGGAUAAGAAAUCCUCCCAGACUGGCCUCACCGAUGACGAGUGGAAUGUGGGUGUUCCUCUUGAUCGAGCUAUUAUUGAGAACUUUGAUGGAGCAGCCGAGAACAAAACCGAAUCCCCGGUGUCGCUUGGAGAGCGCGUAUUUGAACUACCCGAAGACCCAGGCAGCGUCCCAAACCCCCGGAACCAUGAAGCCGGGAAAUCGCGCUAUGCGAAAAAGUAUAGGGCAAAAGAGUCAAAGGGAUCAUCUGGGGCGUCUGAAGGCAAAGAUUGCGAGUCACCUAUGUUAGCAAACCACGCUAGUGAGCCACAGGCGCCAGGAGACCACGUUGUCAAACAACCUGUGCCGGAACACAAAGCUAGCAAACCACCUGCGCCAGAAAAUAAAUCUAGAAAACCGUUCGUAUCGCAUCACAAAGUCAGCAAACCGCCCGUGCCGGUAAACAGAGCUAAUGAGUCAACCGUGUCCGCGGGGGUCAAUGGCAAUCUGGUGGCAUCCGGGGGCCACAGUAGAGACCCACCUAGGUCCCGUAAUAACGGCGAUGCUGGCGCACCCACUUUUCGCGGGCGCCCCUCUGGGGGUUGUGGCGGCAUUAAAAAGUUACCGGAGGAAAUACUACAUGCGAUAUUUAGUUAUGCCGCGGACGGUGUUCUACCAGAAGUCCAGGUCAAGACCAGGGACCUCACAUACGGGUCCAGCUUUGAGGUCCCCUCCUCCUUCAACAAGACUCGAUAUAAAGGCCUUCAGAGCGUUCUCAGGACUUGCCGCCAUUGGCGCACUCUUGGUCAAGAGAUCCUGUAUAAAUACGUCAACUUGAAUGAGUGGUCGAAUCUGGAACUGUUUGCACGCACUUUAUCCCACGAUCGGGAUAUAGGAGCCUUGGUCCGGUCUCUGCGGGUAUCUGUGCCUCCGUUUGGCUUACGGGCGAGCUACCAAAGCUACAACAACCGUGAUCGCAACUCCAGGGCUGUUGUCGCAGAGCAGGUCGAUGCUUUCCAUUUGCUGCCGGACAUAAUGCAGGGAUGCUCUCUCAUCCACGUCAUGUCCAUUGAUAUGCCUAACGCGGUUCCUGUCUUCAACAAACUAGUCUCGGCGCAGAAGUUCCCAAACCUUAGGGAGAUCCGUAUGAAGGAUAGGGGCGAGAAGAUCGCAACAGGAGAGAGAGUCUGGGAAAACAUUAUCAGGAAUGCGCCUGAGCUGAGGAGGCUUCUGAUUACUCAAGACCAGGAUCUUUCUCUGAGGAAUGCUCCCACAUAUAUCAGGAUCCCUGGGAAUAUAUUCCACUGUGAAAAAGCGUCCACUUUCAAAUUGACCCAGAUUCACCUCACUAGGUCCUACCAAAUUAGUGAUGACAUUCUCCUCCUACUCUGCCGGAAACUUAGUAAUCUAAAUGAUUUAGACAUUGUCGAUUGUCCGUUAGUUACAUCUAGAGGUAUUGCGCGGGUGUUGGAAAAAAUGCCCAACCAGUUGACACGCCUCUCAUUCUGGAUCUGGAUCAAUCACUACGGAAAUGUAUCCAAGAGAGAGCAGGAAAUUGGUGUAGACCUCUGCCAUGCCCUGAGUAAAUACGGCCAGAGUCUCCAGCAUAUGGACAUCAAGAUCUUUCUUGCAUGUCAUCAUUUGUGGCAAGACGGAUUCCGCGAAUUGCAACGGUGCCGUAUCGUACCGGUCCACUACCAUGACUGUGUGAAGCAGGAGAAUAUCCGCUCAUCCUCCUUCUUCAAGAACGUCCUCGACAAAGGUCGCAGUGCUGGCAAGUUCCCUGCGUUAACGGAAUGCAGAGUUUGAAGGCUAACAAAAAAAACCAAUUUCUACGCUUGCUGUGCUUUUUGCUUACUUGACUCUGGUUAGAGAAAACAAAAAGAAAAGAAAAAUGAGAAAGAAAAAAUACCGAAGAGAAAAAAAAAGAAAGCAAAAGCAGGAGGGAGAUUUGAGGAGCAUAUCCUCACCUAUGACAUGAACCACCACUUCUAUUCCCAGAGGGUGGGUCUCUAGGUUGAUGUGGAGCACGCCAUUCCUAUCAAUUCCAAAAAGCGAAAGGCAGAUGUAGCGCAAUGCAUGGAGUUAAACCAAAAUGGCGGGAUUGUACAAAGUCACCAUGUUGAGAAACAAAACGGUUCUUCACCGUUUGGCAGGGAAUAUAAAUGGCUGGCAAAGACGUUGUUAUUAUCAUUGGGCUGGAGUCUUUUGUUUGUUUUGUUUGUUUUGUUUUGUAUUUUUUUCUCCACUCUCUCCUAGUUGUCAUUUUGCUUACUUUCUAUCUGCUUCCAAAUGCGGUGCCUGUUGGAGUUUGCAAUAUUUGUGUUGGGAAUUAGGACGGUGUUUGCGGGAGAAUGGGUGGUUGGA